AUGUCUGUCAUCAUCCCCACAGGUCCAAUUGCCCCACCAAUGGAAGCCACUGGUGACCGCCUCAUCACCCUAGAACUGCAGGACGGCAUUGCCGUCCAAGGUUACUCGUUUGGUGCUGAGAAGCCAGCUGCCGGUGAAUUGGUCUUCCAAACUGGUAUGGUUGGAUACCCUGAAUCCAUCACGGAUCCCUCGUAUGAAGGUCAGAUCCUGGUCAUAACUUUCCCACUCGUUGGCAACUACGGUGUUCCUGACCGUAACCUGGUGGACGAACUGGUCGAUUCGCUGCCCAGAUACUUCGAAAGCUCCCGUAUCCACAUUGCUGGUCUCGUUGUCGCUCACUACACCGAGGAAUACUCACACUGGCUUGCAAAGUCUUCUCUUGCGGCAUGGUUGAAAGAAGAAGGAAUCCCGGCAAUGUACGGCGUGGAUACCAGAAGCUUAACCAAACAUUUGAGAGAUAGCGGAUCCAUGCUGGGAAGAUUGGCUUUGCAAAAGCCAGGCGCAGACUUUUCUCGCGCCACUUCUGCUGAAUGGUUAGACUCUUUUGAGAUUCCUGAAUGGUACGACCCAAAUGUCCAAAACCUUGUUGCUAAGGUCUCCAUAAAGAGCCCUAAGUUAUAUGCGCCGCCAUCUGACUUUGACUCUUCAAAGCUCCAAACUGGACCCGAUGGCAAGACCUUGAGAAUACUGGCCAUUGACGUCGGUAUGAAAUAUAAUCAGAUCCGUUGCUUUGUUCAACGUGGUGUGGAACUCUUGGUUGUUCCAUGGGACUACGACUUCACAAAUGAACAGUACGACGGUCUCUUCAUCUCUAAUGGUCCUGGUGACCCUUCUGUUCUCACUGAACUUGGGAGCAGAUUGGCCAAGGUCAUGGAAACUAACAAGACUCCCGUUUUUGGUAUUUGCUUGGGUCAUCAGUUGCUCGCCAGAGCAUCCGGUGCAUCUACGCUUAAAUUGAAGUUUGGUAACAGAGGUCACAAUAUUCCAUGUACUUCAACUAUCUCGGGUAAAUGUUACAUCACAUCUCAGAAUCAUGGUUUCGCAGUUGACGUUGACACUUUGUCACCAGGAUGGAAACCCUUGUUUGUAAACGCGAACGACGGCUCCAAUGAGGGUAUUUACCAUACCGAACUUCCAUACUUUUCGGUUCAAUUCCAUCCAGAGUCUACUCCUGGCCCAAGAGACACCGAAUUUUUGUUUGAUGUUUUCAUCAACGCCGUUAAAGAUUUCAAGCUAAACGGGAAGUUCAAGGCGGUCGAGUUCCCAGGUGGCUUGUUGGCAGAUAACCUAGCAGCUCAUCCUCGUGUUGAAGCCAAGAAAGUUUUAGUUUUGGGAUCCGGUGGUCUCUCCAUUGGACAGGCUGGGGAAUUCGAUUACUCUGGAUCACAAGCCAUCAAGGCCUUGAAAGAAGAGGGAAUUUAUACCAUAUUGGUCAAUCCCAAUAUUGCUACAAUUCAGACCUCAAAAGGUUUGGCAGACAAAGUCUACUUCUUGCCUGUCACCGCUGAAUUUGUGAGAAAGGUGAUCCUUCACGAACGCCCCGAUGCUAUCUAUGUCACUUUUGGUGGUCAAACUGCUUUAUCAGUUGGUAUUGAGAUGAAAGACGAGUUUGAAGCUUUGGGCGUGAAGGUCUUGGGUACUCCGAUUGAUACAGUCAUUACCACUGAGGAUCGUGAACUUUUUUCGAACGCCAUGGACGAAAUCAAUGAAAAGUGCGCCAAAUCCAAAGCAGCCUCGUCUGUGAAAGAGGCAUUGGAAGCUGUCAAAGACAUUGGCUACCCAGUCAUUGUCCGUGCCGCUUAUGCUCUUGGCGGUCUGGGCUCUGGUUUCGCCAAUAAUGAUGAGGAGCUUGUCGAUCUUUGUAAUGUGGCGUUCGCCUCUUCUCCACAAGUCUUGGUUGAGAGGUCCAUGAAAGGCUGGAAAGAAGUUGAAUACGAAGUUGUUAGAGAUGCUUUUGAUAACUGUGUUACUGUCUGUAACAUGGAAAAUUUCGACCCACUCGGUAUUCAUACUGGUGACUCUAUUGUGGUCGCCCCAUCUCAAACUUUGUCUGAUGAAGACUACAAUAUGUUGAGAACUACAGCGGUGAAUGUCAUCAGACAUCUGGGUGUUGUAGGUGAGUGUAAUAUUCAGUAUGCACUCAACCCCUUCAGCAAGGACUAUUGCAUCAUCGAAGUUAAUGCCCGUCUCUCCCGUUCUUCUGCCUUGGCUUCAAAAGCUACAGGAUACCCCUUGGCGUAUACGGCAGCCAAAUUGGGUUUGAACAUCCCAUUGAAUGAAGUAAAAAACUCUGUCACCCAAUCCACAUGUGCUUGCUUCGAACCCUCUUUGGAUUACUGCGUGGUAAAGAUGCCAAGAUGGGACCUGAAAAAAUUUCACAGGGUCUCUACGGCUUUGUCUUCUUCCAUGAAAUCUGUCGGAGAAGUGAUGAGUAUUGGUAGAACCUUUGAAGAAGCCAUUCAAAAAGCAAUUAGAUCAACUGAAUAUGUCAAUUUGGGAUUCAACGAAACGGAUGUUGAAUUGGACAUUGACUUUGAACUGCAGAAUCCUACGGACCAGCGUAUUUUCGCUAUUGCGAAUGCGUUCUCAAAACUGAAUUACUCAGUUGAAAAGGUCUGGGAGCUGAGCAACAUUGACAAGUGGUUUUUGACUAAGCUGUACGAUCUUGUCAAAUUUGCAAAGCAUGUCGAAGGAUACAACAGAAUUGAGAAACUACCUGCAUUGGUGUUGAAACAGGCCAAGCAGCUAGGGUUUGAUGAUAGGCAAAUUGCUAAGUUUGUGAACUCGAACGAAGUCGCUGUGAGACGCUUGAGAAAGGAACACAGCAUCCUUCCUUUUGUUAAACAGAUUGAUACCGUCGCAGCAGAAUUUCCGGCUCACACCAACUAUUUGUACAUGACUUACAAUGCUGCUGCGCACGAUUUGAGUUUCAACGAUAACGGUGUAAUGGUCCUCGGAUCUGGUGUCUACCGUAUUGGAUCUUCGGUAGAGUUUGACUGGUGUGCUGUUACAGCCGUCCGGACGCUUCGUAAGAACAACAUCAAGUCUAUCAUGAUCAAUUAUAACCCUGAAACGGUCUCCACAGACUACGACGAAGCUGACAGACUGUACUUCGAGACUAUCAGUCUGGAAAGAAUUCUCGACAUUUACGAAAUUGAGUCCUCUAACGGUGUGGUAGUUUCCAUGGGUGGGCAAACCUCCAAUAACAUUGCCAUGUCUCUGCACCGUGAAAACGUCAAAAUUCUCGGAACCGCACCUGAAAUGAUUGACGCUGCCGAAAACCGUUACAAGUUUUCCCGUAUGUUGGAUCAGAUUGAAGUCGAUCAACCGGCUUGGAAAGAACUGACAUCCAUCGACGAAGCUGAAGCCUUUGCUGCGGCAGUCAGCUACCCUGUUCUAGUCCGCCCAUCUUACGUCUUAUCAGGAGCUGCUAUGAAUACUGUCUACAGCAAGGAUGACCUUGCCUCGUACCUCAACCAAGCAGUAGAAGUCUCCCGUGAUUAUCCCGUCGUUAUUACCAAAUACAUCGAAAAUGCUAAGGAAAUCGAAAUGGAUGCCGUGGCUAAGAAUGGUGAAUUGGUUAUGCACGUUGUUUCCGAGCAUGUCGAAAACGCAGGUGUUCACUCCGGAGAUGCGACACUGAUUGUACCACCUCAAGACUUGGAUCCUGAAACUGUGAAUAGAAUUGUCGUUGCCACCGCCAAAAUCGGAAAGGCUUUGAAGAUCACCGGUCCUUUCAACAUUCAAUUCAUCGCCAAGAAUAACGAUAUCAAGGUAAUUGAAUGUAACGUUCGUGCCUCGCGCUCUUUCCCAUUCAUUUCUAAGGUUGUUAAUGUUAACUUGAUUGAAAUGGCCACGAAGGCUAUCAUGGGACUGCCAAUUACACCUUAUCCAACUGAAAAAUUGCCGGAAGACUAUGUGGCUGUCAAGGUUCCACAAUUUUCUUUCCCACGUCUAGCCGGUGCAGAUCCGGUUUUGGGGGUCGAAAUGGCAUCGACUGGUGAAGUUGCUACUUUCGGUCGUUCCAAAUACGAGGCGUACAUGAAAUCGCUCUUGUCAACAGGUUUCAAGAUGCCUAAAAAGAAUGUCUUACUCUCCAUCGGUUCCUACAAGGAGAAGCAAGAAAUGUUGUCCUCUGUGAAAAAGCUGUACAACUUGGGCUACAAAUUGUUCGCAACUGCUGGUACUGCUGAUUUUAUCUCCGAGCAUGGCAUUCCUGUUCAGUACCUGGAAGUCUUGAACGAGGGUGACGACGAAAAGUCCGAAUACUCACUGACGCAACAUUUGGCUGAAAACAAAAUCGACUUGUACAUCAAUUUGCCAUCAGCAAACAGAUUUCGCCGUCCGGCAUCUUAUGUUUCAAAGGGCUAUCAGACACGUCGUAUGGCUGUAGACUAUUCUGUCCCGCUAGUGACGAACGUGAAAUGCGCCAAGCUUUUGAUAGAAGCUCUCUCGAGAAAUUUGAGAUUGGACGUAUCUGAAAGGGACGCUCAAACUUCCCAUAGGACGGUCUCUAUUCCUGGUUUGAUCAACAUAUCGUCGUACAUGCCUAAUAUAUCUAACGUCGUUCAGGGUCCUAAAGAAUUGAAGGAAAUUACAAGGCUCUCUGUAGAGUCGGGUUUCACCUACUCACAGAUUAUGCCAAAAUCUAUUCUUGGCCCAGUUGUGACAAACGAGCAGUCUAUUAAGGUUGCGAAUUCCGUCGUUGAAGGUUCCGCUUUCACUGAUUUUGGCUUCACGGUAGCUGCUACCGCUAAUAAUGUCGCUGAUGUGGCCCAAUGCGCCAAUGCUGCCAACGCACUAUUUUUGCCGCACCGCGAGCUUACUGGAAAAAUAGCUACUGUUGCUGAACAUCUGAAAAACUGGCCUUUGGAAAAGCAGGUCAUUGCAGAGGCAAAGACUUCUGAUCUAGCGUCCGUAAUCUUGCUGGCCUCCCUACAGAACAGACCUAUUCAUAUCACUGGCGUCUCUACUAGGGACGAUUUGUCUUUGAUCAUGACCGUCAAAGAAAAACAAGAUAUGGUAACGUGCGAUGUGAACAUUCAUGCUCUCUUUGUUAGUCAAUCAGAUUAUCCAGAAGCUAGAUUCCUACCAACAGAAGAAGACCAAGCAUUUUUCUGGCGCAACUUGGACUCGAUUGAUGCUUUCUCUAUUGGAGCACUGCCUACUAUGAUUGCUCAGGUGACAGGACGUAAAGUUGUCACGGGGAUGGGUAUCAAAGAAGCUUUGCCUCUCCUUCUCUCGGCGGUAAACAGAGGCAGAUUGACUAUUGAAGACAUUGUUGAGCGCUUGCAUGACAACCCAUCCAAGAUUUUCAACAUACCAAAGCAAAAGGCCGAAGUGGAAGUCGAUCUGGAUUUCGCUUUCAGACACACUAAAAGAUGGUCUCCAUAUACCAAAGGCGGUUUGACCGGCGGUGUUGAGCGUGUUCUCGUCAACGAGGAAACCAUUGUUCUCAGUGGCGACCUUGUCACUGCUGAAGCUCAAGGCAAACCAGUCGUAAGUGGAAGCAAAGUGAUUGCACCUUCUUUCCCUCCUGCUGCUGAAACUCCAAGUGCCAGUAGAAAAAGAUUCUCAUUUUCCAACGAGAAGCGUUCUUCCUUUGCCAGUAUCAAUGAGGAGGAGGAAGCACUAUUGGAUCAACCUUUGGAGCAAAGACUGAUGUCCUCCAGACCACCUAAAGAGCUAGCUGCGCCUGGUGCCAUUCAAAGUCUUAUCAGAGGUAACAAUCCUUUCUUGCGGAGAAACAUCUUAUCGGUCAAUCAGUUCAAGCGUUCUGACUUCCAUGCUUUAUUUGCAGUAGCACAAGAAUUGAGGUCCGGUGUUGAAAGAGAAGGUAUUCUGGACAUAAUGAAGGGCCGGUUGUUGACAACCAUCUUUUACGAACCAUCGACCCGUACGUCGUCUUCCUUCAUUGCUGCUAUGGAACGUCUGGGCGGUAGAACCGUCAAUAUCAACACAACCUCUUCUUCUGUUAAGAAGGGAGAAACUUUGCAGGACACGAUAAGAACGUUAGCGUGCUACUCUGAUGCUAUUGUGUUGCGUCAUCCUGAUGAGAUGUCUGCUCACACGGCUGCCAAGUACUCCCCUGUUCCAAUUUUGAAUGGUGGUAAUGGGUCGCGCGAACAUCCUACUCAAGCUUUCCUUGACCUGUUCACAAUCCGUGAAGAACUGGGUACUGUGAACGGUAUCACUGUUACAUUUAUGGGUGAUCUGAGAUACGGAAGACCUGUACACUCUUUAUGCCGUCUGUUGAAACACUACCAAGUUAGAAUCAAUCUAGUCUCUCCAGCCGAACUAAGAUUGCCCACUGCUUUACGCACCGAACUUGCCAAGGCUGGAAUGCUGGGUGUUGAAAGCGAACAUUUGACACCAGAGAUUAUUUCGAAAUCCGACGUUUUGUACUGCACCAGAGUGCAAAAGGAAAGAUUCGAAAACCCCGACGAAUAUGAAAAACUGAAGGAUGUCUACAUUGUGGACAACAAGAUUUUGGCUCACGCCAAGGAUCAUAUGGUUGUCAUGCAUCCUUUGCCUCGUGUGAACGAAAUUCGUGAAGAAGUUGACUAUGACCACCGUGCCGCCUACUUCAGACAAAUGAGAUAUGGACUAUUUGUGAGAAUGGCUCUUUUGGCUAUGGUCAUGGGUGUUGAUAUCUAA